AUUCCCUUCAAUUGACACUGUGUGCAGGAAGUGGUUAAUAUAUCCAAGAUGAACACAAUCAAAUCUACCUGGAUCGGAUGGGGUACUCUCUGCGUCGCCGGCGGCGGCGCCUACUACUUCGCGAAGAAAUCCAUCAACGCGGACCGCCAAACCCGAUUCGAGACGGAGAUGAAACGCAAAGCGCAGCUGGCUGCGAUGGAAGCGGAACACCGCCGCCAGUCCGCCGUUUCGUUGACCACCCCGAUCCCCGUUCCCUCCGACGACCCGAGCCACAAACGCGCCGCCCAGCUAGCCCGGUCGCAGCAGAACGCCGCCGACGACGUCGCCUCGCCCAGCGCCGAGGCGAGCCACGAUCCGGCCGCGACGCGCCACGAGCCCGAGACUGAGGCCGACCGCGUGCUGGAGAAGGGGAAGUACGAGGCCGCGCAGCCGUUUCGGCCGCCGAAGGGGAAUCGGCUUUAGGGGUGGUGUUUGAGGGUAGAUAGGAACAAAAACAACGAGGUAUAGAGGGAGGGGGUUUGGUUUGAGAAGGAGGAAGGGAAUGCGAAAAGUGCCGGUGACAUCUUUCGUGUGUGCUACUGUACCAUAAUGUUUCCCUUACUAUACUGUGUAUGUAUAGGUUCUGCCGUUUCCGGAUAUCGGUUCUUCGAUGGAUGUGCGUAUCCGCGUGCACGAAUGGCUUGGCUCGUGGGGCUGGAUUACUUCCGGUGGAAAGCUUGAUUCUCUCUGCAGUCUGCACUACUUCGUGCAUGUUUUGGAUCUCGUGAAGAUCCGGGGAAAUCAGAGCUUGACUUACUUCUACAAUU